ACUGGACUUCUUGUAGCGUAGUUUUGUGUAUGUGGCUAUCGACGUGUAAUUUCCAGUAACCAGAUUUUUAACUUUCGUGACUUCGCGCUUCGUAACAGCAAAAUGCGUUCACUGGUAUUGGAACUGUGUAUCCACUUUUCUGCCUUCCUCUUUGCGUUAGGUGAAAUAUGCAAAUCUCCUGUUGUGAAUCCAUCAAUAUACACAACAACAGAUGGCAUGGUUGUGUCUGAAGUCGCUUUAAUAACAGAAUUUUCUGUUACAUGUGAUGGAAGUGCAAAGGACUUUACAUUGUAUGCUGAUGUAAAAGGAAAUGCAGUACCAGCUGUAAAAUCUGCGGGUAGCUCAAAAUAUCAAGUCAGUUGGACAGAAGAUUCAACUAAAAUAAGUUCAGGUAAUCAUGGAAUUAAAAUAUAUGAUGAAGAAGGUUUUGCAGCACUCAGAAAAGCUCAGCGGCAAGGAGAAGAUGCAUCAGGAUUACCAUCAGCUUUCUCUGUUUCUGUGUAUCAUCGGGGUACAUAUUAUGGACCAUGGGUGCAGAGCGAGUUUCUGGCAGCUGCUUUCAGCAUCAUUUUGUGGUAUAUAGCAUUCUCAGCUAGGUCAAAGCUAAUAUCAUAAUUCCCAUACAGCGUGUAAUAGGCUUUAAAGAAAUGUGUAAAAAAUAUGACAUAAAAGCAAAAUGCAUUGAAAGAAAUAAAGGAAUUUUAAUUAUUUUUUAAUAAGAUAUUUUUUGUCUAUUUUUGAUUUAAUAACGGUAAACGUACAAUUGCAUAAAAAAGUCAUAGUCAAAUGAUAAAUUGUAAAGAAUUUCAUUAGAUUCUAAAGAAUAGCUGAUAAUAUAAUAAAUGAAAACACUUAAAAGGC